AUGGCUUCAAAUCAAAACGCUUUCCUGUUUGGUGGUGCUUCCAACACAUCUAGUAACUCCAAGCCGGCUUUCCUGUUUGGUGGCGGUGGUGCAUCUACAAACUCAGGGAACGCUACUCCAUCAUUUGGUGGCUUUGGAUCUACCUCCUCUGGCUUUGGUGCUCCCAGUUCAGGUAGUUUGUUUGGUGGUUCCAAUAAUCAACAAGCUUCAAACACAAAUACAAACACAACUUCUGAUACGGCCAAACCAUUUGGGUCAUCUGGUGGUAGUUUAUUUGGUGGUGUUGGAGCUGCUUCUCAAGCUGCUGGCCCCCCUGCUUCAGGGGGUUUCAGCUUUGGUGGUUCAGCUUCUACUUCAACUGCUGCUGAUCCUGCCAAAUCCACACCUCCUCCUCCAAAUAACACAGCCCCAGCAAACGCAUUUGGUGGUGCUGCUUCUGUUUCAAAACCUUCAGCAUUUGGAGCUGCCUCAUCAUCAUCUACUUCAACCCCAGCAUUCAGCUUUGGAAAUGCCAACGCCGCUUCUUCAGGUGCCUCGGCAACUACUAAUACUACUCAAAAUAACCAAACUCUGGCUGGGGGCUUCUCUUUCACAAAUCCCGCUACUCAACAAAAUAAACCAGCAAGUGGAUUGUUUGGUAAUGCUUUGUCUUCCAAUACUACAACUCCUGCUGCUGCUGCUGCUUCUCCUGCCUUUUCCUUUGGUAAGCCAGCUGAAUCAUCGUCUACUACAAGUACAACUGGCCAAGCCUCAUCUACACCCGCUUCAACUGGUGGGUUGUUUGGUAAAAACGCUACUACCUCUACAACUUCUGCUCCCUCUGGGUCUCUCUUUGGAGCUUCUACUACACCCGCUUCCGACUCAACACCUAAGUUGAAUUUGGGUAAUGCGAAUACAACUGAGUCCCAAGAUAAAAAAUCUGCUGGUACUCCUCCUGCCUUCUCCUUUGGACAAUCUUCCUCAGGUUCACAAGCUACGCCUUCAUUCGGGUCAACAUUGAACGCAGCAAAGGCUGCUACCCAAUCUGGUGGUCUAUUUGGUAAAACAGAAGAAAAGAAGGAUACUCAAGCAGCUUCUACUGGUUUCUCUUUAAAUAAAACUAAUGAUAAGCCCGCUACUGCUGCUACCUCUUCCUUUUCAUUAGGAAAUAAAGAUGACAAGAAAGAAACCACGCCAAGCUUUUCAUUUGGUCUUAAGCCUGCGGAUACUUCAAGCAAACCAGCAUCUACAUUCUCAUUUGGUGGAAAGGCUGCUGAGAAGCCUACUACUUCUGAAAAGCCCGCAACAAGCUUCACAUUUGGAGCUAAACCAGCUGAAAAGCCUGCCGAAAAGCCUAGUACUUCUGAUAAGCCUGCUGAAAAGCCCGCAACAAGCUUUACCUUUGGAGCUAAACCUGCUGAAAAGGCUGCUGAAAAAACUGAUGAAAAAACUGAUGAAAAGACAGCUGAUAAAGCAGCACAAAGUUUCUCCUUUGGAGCAAAAGCAGCUGAUAAGCCAAACUCCGGUUUUUCAUUUGGUGCCAAACCGGCCGAUAAGGGUGGUGAUAAACCAAGUUUGAACUUUUCUCUAAGUGCCAAACCAGCUGAAAAGUCAGAUGCCAAAGCUGCUCCUUCUACAUUUUCUUUUGGAUCCAAACCUGCUGAAAAAAGUGAAAGCAAGCCCACUUCAUCUUUUUCGUUUGGUUCCACUAAACCCGAUGAAUGUAAAACUACUACGACUGCGGUAUCUACUUCAAGUUCCUUAGGACAAAAGAAGGAUGAAAAGAAAGAUGAAAAAGCUGCCUCAACGAGUACCACUGUUGAUAAAUCUGCUAGUAUAACUUUACAACCCACUAAGUUAGAACCAAAGCCUGUGUCUAUUGAGAACAGAACGAUGGAAGAUUUGAUCAUGAAGUGGAGUAAACAAUUAGCAUAUACAUCUGAUGUAUUUGACAAUUAUAGCAAGCAAGUUCAACAUUGGGAUCGUCAAUUAACAGAAUCGGGUGAUGAACUUAGCAAAUUACAUCAAGAAUCAACACAUACUGAGCAAUUGCAAAAUAAGAUUGACCAACAUUUGUUAUUUGUUGAGUCACAACAAGAUGAAUUGGAUAAGCUUUUGGAUAGUUAUGAGCAACAAGCGGAUGUAUUAUUGAGUAAUAUUGAACUCAAUCCUUCAUUACCUUCACUUUCAGGUAAUGCUAGUGUGGGGAACUCUAAUGCUACAGGAAGUUCCAGUGGAUCUACAGGAGCAGUUACCGAUCAAAAUGAUAGCAAGUUUAAUGUCACAGAUAAAUUAAGAGAAAAGGCAUACCACAAUGCCGAGAUACUUGAUGAAAAAUUAGAUGCCAUGGGUACUAAUUUGUCUGCACUCAUUGGAGAAAUUAAUAGUGUCAGUGAUGUUUUCAAUAAGAAUAUGCUUCAUGAUGAAUAUGAUACUCAAUUACAAGAGAUUGUCAAGUUAUUGAACUUACACUUGGAUAAUUUGAGUUAUAUCGAAUCAUCUGAACGAGAGCUCAAACAAAAACUUAGUAAGGUAUAA